AUGUCUAAAGAAGCGUAUUACGGACCAAUAAAUUCACCUUCUGUCAUCAAAAUCAUAUAUUGCCCAAAUACUAACUACUGUAUUGAUGUCGAUCAUAUUGGUUGGAACUUCAAGAGCGUGGAUGAUACCACCACAAUAGAAGCAACGAGCUUUCGAUCUCCGAACAGGAAACCUAGCAUCCUCAUACCAAACCACAAACCUCUGGUGAAUACUUAUUACAUCAUCACAAUUGGUAGUGAGGCUUGGAAAAUUAGAUAUGUACAUGAUAAAGUAAUACAAGAAUCGGCGAACUCUGUAGACGGAAAACGUGGCAUAGCGAUUCGUAAAGAGGGGGAGAAUACUACCUACCAUAUCGACAAUCGAACGCAGAUUUGCACAAUUAGCUAUGUGUAUGUCACAUCAAUGCAAACGGGGAUUCCAAAGUCUGAAGACGAAGAGCCAAUUACCACCAAAAACCUUACACCUGGGGAAGAAAUAUCCAGAUUUCCAAUACGAAAGAGUGCUGUGGGUGCCCCGAAGAACGCUGCGAUUUUUGUCCUCCCCAAUGACAUCUUAGACUGUAUUUUUGACUACCUUCCAAAAUCUUCGGUUGUAGCAUACACUCUUACUUCUCUCAAAUUGAAGAAUUCCCUCGGUCCAGAACACUGGACUAAAAUCGUUGACGUCGUCAAGAAUUCUCCGAAGGAAACUACUGAUCUACUUGAUCUCCUGUGCAAGGACUACGAGCAAUGCAUCCCGUGUCACACAUGUCUGAAGCUGCAUGAACCAUCUGCCUCGACGAUAGCCAGGAAAUGUUGGGAGCAUGAUAAGAAAUUUGGAGUGGAGUCAUAUAUUCACGCGCAAUUCCGUUUUAGUGAAAUGCAAAUGGCUGCGAAGUUAUAUAACGAAGGCAAAUACGAAUCUUCACAACUUCAGCUACGUUCGAUAGGCAGAACAGGAGAUCAGUUGAUUAACUACCAUCGCCAUCAACCAAAUGACCCUUGCAUCACUCAUGAAUUUCGCAUGAACUCACAGGCCCGAAUCAUUUACCGUUCUCAGCACGUGUACUUGCUUCCUCAUAGCCUUCUAGAUUUCUUAAACGUUUCCAUUUAUCCAGGUUGUUUUAUUAGCCUACUCCAUGACCAUCACCGAACUUAUGACGGCGAACAAUGGUUGGAUCCCAUUUUUAUAUGCGGGCACAUGGGACCUCUCUGUGGACGUAGAAACUGGGCAGAGCUAGUGUCCCGCGGCAUGCAAUGGGAGUGCCCAAUUUGUGGGACAGAAUUUCAUGCCAAUCUCGUCGGUUAUGGGGAUGAAGGAUUAGCAAUUGUGGCUACGAAAUGGAUGGACUUAGGGAGAGGGUUGAAUCAGGGUCAAGAAUGGGAAAGGAAUUUUGUUUUACAAGAGAUUCCUCCUGAAGAUAGCACGAUACUUACAAUGGGUUUUAACGGUCCCAUCUCAAUGUGGUGGGAAGAUGUUGAUGGAGAAAGCAGGUAUGUGCCAACUUUAAGUAAGGCCGAGAAAAAGGUUCUGGGGACACCAAUACGCAGGGGGACACGAAAGCACGGGAGCUGGAUCACAGGCUAUUUCUCUGUGGAGUGGUUCAAAAACUGGUUAAAAAGCCUCAAAGGUAAAUAG